UUAGUGAGAGACAAGGCGAGAGAGAGAGAGAGAGAGAGAGAGAGAGAAUGGGUGAGGUAGCAACAGCAGCUGAUACUGCAAAUACAUUGACGAAGAAGAAGAAGAAAGGUCGGCCAUCUCUACUCGAUCUCCAGAAACGAGCUAUCAAACAGCAACAAUUGCUUCAGAGAACAAAGCCCCAUGUUAAAACAGAAGCAGAAGAAGAUGAGCUUAGAUCCGGUUUCAGAAACCCUAAUUCCGGCGCCCGAUCGAAUCGCCGGAAUUCUAAUUCUGCCGAAGACGACGACGACGAUGAGCGGAGGGACAAAAAACAUCGGCUUUUGCACGGAUUGAACUCACACGACCUUCCUGAUUCUUCUUCUGAUUUCAAAUCUGACGGCGGCGAUUUCAACGCCGAUGCAUCAAUCUCCCGCCGUUACGGAUCUGACGAUACGGGAGAAAAGGCUUCGAAAGCGACAGACAUUCUUCUAAGAGGGUCACUUGUAGAGUCUGGCCCCUCUUCUACUCCUUUGCCUGACAAAAAGUUGCUGUUGUUCAUCCUUGAUAGAGUUCAAAAGAAGGAUACAUAUGGAGUGUACUCUGACCCAGUUGAUACUGAGGAGCUUCCUGAUUAUCAUGACGUUAUCAAGAAUCCGAUGGAUUUCAGCACAUUGAGGAAGAAAUUAGAAUCCGGGGCAUAUGCAACCUUAGAACAAUUUGAGCAAGACGUGUUUUUAAUAUGUACAAAUGCGAUGGAGUACAAUUCCGCAGAUACAGUAUACUUCCGACAGGCACGAGCUAUGCUUGAGUUGGCUAAAAAGGACUUUGGAAAUUUGAGACAAGAAAGUGAUGGUGAAGAACCAGUCUCACUGUCGCAACAGCCUAAAGUGGUCAAAAGAGGCCGUCCUCCAGGCUCAGGCCUUAAGAAACAGCUUGAGCAAUCUUUGAUUGACCGCACCACUUCUGAAAUUUCAGCUGAUGCAGCUGGAGAUAUCUCUAGAUUAUCCGGUUCUUACAAUCUGAGGAAAAAUCCUCCUUCUUAUGGAUUCCGCCAAGCAGAGAGUUGCGUUAGAAUCAACCAUAAUAAUGAGAAUCAAAAUGGCUUGUUGAUAGAUUGGGAGAAGGAGUUUCCACCUUCUGUUGUGAAGGCCGUCAACAAAUAUGGGAUGAAAAAUGUCGAUGAGAACAGGCGAGAUACCUACAACCACUCUACUUCCUUGCAAGACGCUUCGAUUUUCACAAUGCUUGAAGAUGAUUUAAAACAGUUAACUCCAGUUGGGUUGAGAACUGAAUAUGGGUACGCUAGGAGUCUAGCACGAUAUGCAGCCAACCUUGGUCCUGUUGCUUGGAGAUUUGCCAGUAAAAGAAUUGAAACAAUGUUACCAGCUGGAACUGAAUUUGGUCCUGGGUGGGUUGGAGAGAAUCCAGAAGCUCCUCCUGAGAAUGCUCCUCAACAGCAAAUCUUAAUAUCUGGAAGGCAAAAGUGUUCAAGUGACUUUGCGUCUGAUAAUCAUCGUCAUUUAAGCAGAAUCAUGUCUCCCACAGCCUCUGUCUCAAGCUCCAUCAUAGCAAACAAUCAUUCUUCACAUGAGAGCAAAGAGUCUGAACCAGCUGAUCACUUUUUGAAUCAAGAAACCAAGAGCAAUGGUCUAGUUCAUAGUUUCAGCGGAGUUAACAACAAACCAAACCAGAUGCUGGAAACAGCUGUCUCGCAACAAGGCUUGUCUCAGAACAUAAAACAGGAAUUUCAGCGGUUGCCACCGGAUCUUAACGAUAGGGUUGUCUCACCAAACUCACCUGGCUCUAACCAUCAAGCAGGUUCAUGGCAACAUCCAGAUUUGGCAUUACAGCUCUAAGUAAUUUCUACUAGUCUUGAAAGCUUUACUGAUAUGAGGGAGAAGAAUAGGCAGAGGCAUGUGAUUCUUGGUACAAGGUUGAAAAUAUAGGGAAAGUCUAUUGUACAGAUCGUUGCAACUUUUAGAUGUUUUAGGGUAAAAAUUAAAAAGGAAGGAAACCGAUAAGAGUGAGUACAACUCACAAGAUGUAAGAAUGUAAAAUUUGUACAAUUUUUUCUAGUCCAUCAAAUUAAAGUUAUCAAUGUGCAUUUGAAUA